UGUGGAGCUGCGCCACCACCACCACCACCACAGCACGAAUCGAACCACCCUGAACUGAAAUAGCUUCACCGUUGAGCAACGGGAGUGUGCCAUUCCCCAAACAUUCGACUGCCUGCGAUUGACAUUUUUCGCCUCGCCACACUUGGGCUCUCCGUAUUGCGCGCUUCCAAUAAACGAUAUUCCGAUUCCUCCUCAGUACAACACUCCGCUAUUGUCCCACUUCCGUCGAACCGCUUUCUCCGCCAGAAAGAGCGGCUGAAACGACGACCGUAGAAUUAGGCGCCUAAGAAGUCCUCUCGUCGCGUGUUCUGCAGAACGUGGUGCUUGCGCCUUCCAGGAGGGCUUUCCGACCUCCCCAAGGGUAGUCUAGUCUUCUCCUUAGCUUAGAGCAGUUUUCACCCGCUAGAGCGAACGCGAUGGUGGUGCCGCUGUUGCCCAUCGCCUUGAGUCAGCUGCUGCUGCUCCUGCUGCUCUCCUCCUCGCACAACGCGCUGCACGCUGCUGCUGCGCCGACCUUCCACCCAUCGCAAGGCUCCGUGCUGAGCGCGCUGAAGUCCGCGUGCGGGCUGACCUACACGGCAUGGGCGGAGGGCGCCGACUGCGCCAAUGCACGGGGGCUAACGUGCGACGCCAGCGGAAUGGUGCAGAGCAUGUCUCUGUGGAAUAGGGGCAUGGAGUGUGUCCUUCCCCCUUACAUCAGCAACCUCACUGCCCUCACGUACCUCAACCUGAGCAGCAACACUCUGAUUGGCCACCUGCCUUCCUCCAUCGGCAAUCUGCGCAAGCUCAAGUACCUAGAUCUGAGUGUGAACAGGAUAACCGGCAGCAUACCAGCAGAGAUUGGCGACCUCUCCAGCCUUCUCUCCUUUGACAUGCGAUACAAUCAACUAUCCGGCUUGAUCCCCACCACCUUGGGCCUCCUCUCCAAUCUGACUUACCUCGACCUGGGGUCCACACGUGAGUCGCAGUCCAGCAGCGCCAUGGUCAACCAGCUCUCUGGACCCCUCCCUCCCAACCUCGGCACUCUCCGCAACCUCUCCUUUCUCGGGCUGAGUUCCAAUGUGCUCAACGGCUCCAUACCAGCCAGCCUCGGCAGUCUUGCGAGCCUCACAUACCUAGACCUGAGCAACAACCAGCUGAAUGGCUCCAUCCCAGCGGCUAUCGGGCGAAUGCGCAGCCUGAAAGUAGUUGACCUGAGCUACAACUUCCUCUCUGGCCCCAUUCCCUCGUCCUUUGGACUGCUCUCCAAUGUCUCCUUUCUCAAGCUCGCUUCCAAUGCUCUCAACGGCUCCCUGCCCCCGCCCCUCUUCAACUUGACACGCCUAGUGCAUCUGGACGUGGGUUCGGUGCGGAAACUGUACUACGAUGCGAGUCAGAAGAACCAGAUACAGGGGCCUCUGCCCGACACCAUUGGCAACCUCACUGCACUCACUGCAUUCGGCAUGAGCAACAACCUUCUCUCGGGCGCCAUCCCUUCCUCCAUCGGCAGACUGCUCUCCCUCGUCUACCUCGACCUGCACAACAACAUGUUCAAUGGGUCCAUUCCCGACACCAUCGGCAACCUCGUGAAGCUCAAAACGCUCUUUCUGGGUGGCAACGAGCUGUCUGGCUCGCUCCCCGCAUCCAUAGGCAAUCUCACCAACCUGCAAGUCCUUGCGCUGCGCAGCAACGACCUCGGCGGCUCGCUCCCCAGCUCCAUCGGCAGCCUUGGAAGCCUUGAGGAGCUGGAGCUGCGCAACAACAGCAUACAAGGCCCCUUGCCUCCCACUCUAGGCAACCUGAUCACCCUCUACUCUAUGGGCAUGGACAAGGCAGUCCAGUGUCCCAACACAGACAAGUGCGAUGUGAAGCAGUAUCUUGGAUCGGAGUUCUGCGAUCGGUGCAUGAAAUUCUGCACAAUUUGCCCACAGUACUCUAAUGAAGGGAGCCAGCUUCAAGCAUUUCUUCUGUUCACAGGCACACUAGUUCUUACACUUUUCCUAAUGUUAUUGUAAUCGCCGGUGGAUUGUUGAGGCUGGUUACAGAUUCGCACAUGGUUUGUGGCAUCAAAAUUCUCGCAGAAAGUGAUUAGGUUCGGUAGUCGUCCCGUGUGGGCUGAAUAAUUUAGUACUUUGGCCUACCACAGGCCCUUUCGAGCCCAGUACAUGUGGUUUUGUCUUAAUAGCAUGAUUUAACAAAAAAAGAUAGGGCUC